GCAAUGACGUUGCUCAGUCUCCGGUAGCCUGUGCUGUUGGGCGCUCCUCUCUUUCCUUCAGCGAGCCGCUUUUCUAAACUCAGCUCCGGGAAACCAUGGCCGAGCAGGCCUCAGGAUCCACCUGGCCGCCUCAACAUGACGGGGUUCUGCAGCAGCACGCGGCCGAGCAGGAGCAGGAUCGAACCGACUUCCUGAAGCUCAAACAACAGCUGGAGAUGGAGUUCAACCAGAAGCGGGCCAAAUUUAAGGAACUCUAUCUGUCUAAAGAAGAGGAGCUGAAGAGGCAGGCUGCUAUACUGGACAAGGCCCAGGCAGAGCUGAGCAGUGUGCAGACACAGCUGACCGAGGCUAAAACAGAGAUGGAGACCAUCAAAGCGGUGGCCACCAUCUCUGAGAGCACAAAGCAGGAAGCCAUCGACCAGGUCAAGCAGCAGUGGCAGGAGGAGGUGGCGUCACUGCAGGCUAUUAUGAAAGAUGCAGAUCGGGAAGUUAAGUUGCAGUUCCAGCAGAAGUUGGAGCAGGAGCGCGCUCAGUGGGCACAGUACCGCGACGGGGUGGAGCGAGAGAUAGCUGAGCUCCGCCGCCGUCUCUCUGAGGGACAGGAGGAGGAGAAUUUAGAGAACGAGAUGAAGAAGGCUCAGGAGGAUGCAGAGAAGCUACGCUCGGUGGUGAUGCCAAUGGAGAGUGAGAUUGCAGCGCUGAAGGCCAAACUGUCAAGCUCAGAAGAUCGAGUUAAGGAACUCGAGGCAGCGAAGGUGAAGGAGCUCAAUCACGUCCUGGAGGCUGAGAAAUCAUGCCGAACAGACUUGGAGAUGUAUGUUGCUGUCCUCAACACCCAGAAAUCUGUCCUUCAAGAGGAUGCAGAAAAACUUCGGAAAGAACUACAUGAAGUGGUUCACCUGUUGGAGUUGGAGCGACAGCAGCACAAUCAGCUGAAACACACUUGGCAACGUGCCAACGAUCAGUUCCUGGAGUCACAGCGGCUGCUGAUGCGAGACAUGCAGCGCAUUGAGAGCGUUCUGUCCUCCGAGCAGCUGCGGCAGGUGGAGGAGAUGAAGAAGAGGGACCAGGAAGAGGAUGAGAUGGAAAGACUGAGCCAGGCUAAAGAGGCCAGUGAGGAUGAUGGGACAGAGCAUGGAGAAACAGUGGAGGACUCUCUGCUCGGAUUCUCCAUAGAAGAGUCCCACCUCAGCCAGAGCAUCCACAGCUCUUUACACUCUCUGGACGCAGACACCCCGAGCCGUCCGGACAGCUCUGACCCUUAUAAGGAUGGGCUUCGGAGGGUGCAGUCCACUGAUAGCCUGGGUUCUUCAGGAGGGGCCCUACAGCCUCAUGGGCUGGGUGGACAAAACAACAAGGCCAAGUCAGCUAGCCAGCUGGACGAGUCAGACUUUGGCCCUCUAGUGGGGGCAGACUGUGGAGGCUUUGACAGCAGGGACACCUCCUCCAUGUCAUCCCUCCAGCCGGGACACUUUCUCCUCACCAAAGACCAGGAGAAGGCCAUUAAGGCCAUGACCCCAGAGCAGGAGGAAACUGCAUCACUCCUGUCCAGCAUCUCUCAUACUGCCGAUACAGCUUACCUUCCUCCGUCUGGCUACCGAUUGGUCAGCGAGAGCGAGUGGAAUCUGCUGCAGCAAGAGUUGAAGAACGCUGGAAGGAAGUUGGGGCGGAGAUGUGAUAUGUGCUCUAAUUAUGAGAAACAGCUGCAGGUCAUUCAGGGACAAGAGGCCGAGACACGAGAUCAGGUUAAAAAGCUUCAGGCCAUGUUGCGGCAGGCGAACGAUCAGCUGGAGCGGACAAUGAAUGAGAGGCAGGAGUUAGAGGACUCUGUCAAGCAGGCCAAUGAGGAAACUACUGCCAAGAUCUCAGAGUUGAAGCAGAAAGUUCAGGAGUCUGAGUCUCUCGUAAGCACUCUCCAACAGGCCUUCAGCCAGGCCAAGAGGAACACCCAGGAACAGAUGGCUGUGCUGCUACAGUCCAGAGAGCAGGUGACUGAAGAGCUGAACAGACUGCAGAGAGAUAAUGAGAGUCUUCAGGGUAAACACAGACUUCACAUGACGCUGCAGCAGCAAGAGGACUUUCACAUGCCUGCCACUGUACAGGUACUACAGCACAUAUGUGAGAUGCACCUUCUGUUCGAUUCCACUGCAUUUCAUCUAGCGGUUUUAACACUUGAACGCACCUUACGAGCCUUUGUUCUUUUUGUUAGUCCCCAGCACUGUUCAGAGCAACUGUAAUACUGCUGUAAGCAUUCUUUAGGUGACGGGGUGCAGAUACAGAAGUCCAAGCUUGAGGAGAUGGAGUUAUUAGCAGCAUCUUUUUCCAGCUUGAAAACAGAACUGGAACGAGUGAAGAGUGAGAAGGAACAGCUGGAGAGCAGCUUGGCAGAGAAGAGCCAGAUGCUGGCGAGCAUCCAGGGCCUGAAGAACAGUCUGGAGGAACGGUUGAAAGACGUCCUCGGCAGCAAGAGUGCUUUGGCGACUCAGGUGUUUGAAGAGAAAGACAAGGCACAGAGACUUCAGACAGAGCUGGAUGUCAGCGAGCAGGUCCAGAGAGAUUUCGUCAAACUGUCCCAGACCCUUCAGGUGCAAUUGGAGCGUAUCCGGCAAGCAGACUCGUUAGAGCGCAUCCGUGCCAUCCUCAACGGCACCAACCUAACAGACAUCAGCCAGCUCCCUGAGACAUGAUGUCACUUCCUCCGUGCACAGAAACACACACACACACACCACCUGUACCCCAGAUCUUCGGCCUGACUCCAUCUAGAUAAACCGAAUCGAGCGAGGAAGACUUGCUCCUGCAGGUCUCGGUGAACACUACUGAUUUCUACUACUGCUAUCCAGCUUGUCCAUGCGUUCGCAAGAGCACGAAGACUCCCGGCUCUAUUAGAGUGAAGGGUUUGUGUCUUAUAAUGCAGUUCUCCACUGCGGAUGCCGCGAGGAGCUGCUGGUCUUUCAACAAACGCUGCUUUUGUUCCUCAUUCAGUUCAGGAAAGGAGAAAAUCGACUUGCGUGACUCUCCCAUUCCCAGACCCUACCAAAGUUCCCGUCUCUUCCACCUUUCUUCUCUUCUCUUCCUUCCUCAUCUUUCCAUCUGCUAAGCUAGCAGCAGUGAACUAUGAAGGAAACGGACACUUCUGAAGUGUUUUGUACAUACUUGUGUACAGAUUAUUUGUGUAUAUUGCGUUAAUUAAGUUAAUACACAAGACUGUGAUUCCCUUCUUGACCCGCCUCCUACAUUUUCACAAGCGAGACUCUGUUUCUUCGUCGUCCGCCAGUCAUUUCACUGGGCUGUAAUUACUAGCUGUGUCAGAUCACUUUUCCUCAACAACCAUCGUCUUAAACACCCUCCACAGUCCCCCCCC